AUGAUCAGCGAGGCCCUGGAGCUGGUCCACUGGCUCGAAAGCGCGCGGUCUGUGCACGCCUUCAGCGCGGAUCACCGAGAUGGUAUCAGUAGAUGCCACAGCGCGCUGCGGAGUCAGUGGCUGGACCUGCUGGGGCAGAAGAGGAGGGACGAGGCCUUGCGAAAGAAGAUUCUGGAGGAGAAGAAGCUGGAGAUCGACGGGGUGGAGCAGCCGCUGGACGACGACCCCGACAUCGCAUUCAUGGUGGACCUGUCCGACGAGCUCGACCUGAACGAAGCGGAAUGCGUCCGGCUGCUGAUGCGCGCCCUCGAGUACCGCGGAGAUCUGUCGUGCGAGGCAGCCGCAGGGAUCUACUUCGACGACCGGCGCGAGGUCCUCGAGGCCCUGCACUUCGCCAUGAAGUACGAGGUGCUCGGCUCGCAGCUGCCGACACUGUGGUGGCGCGCGCAGGGCCCGCUGGGCGACGCGCAGGAGAUGGACGACUUCGACACCGCGGCCGCGCUCGAGGACGUCCGGGCGCUCAACAGCAAACUCUGCAAAGAACGCGACUCCGACGGACGCUGCAAGCUGCUACGGAAGAUCGUUGAGCUCAUCGCAGCGGGCGGCGGCCCCGCGGGCGCCGGAAAGGCGUUCCCCGACGUCCUGAACCCGCAAGGCGCGACGGUGCCGCGUUCGCAGCUCCGCCGCCUUGAGACGACCCUCCUCGUGGAGUGUUUGUUCUACCUGUGCCACCUCCGGCCCGACGAGGUGCGCAAGAGCGAGGCGGACGUCCGCGCGAUCGUGGAGCUCUUCGCGCCGCUCGCCGAGGCGGUCAAGCGCGCGGCGGAGGACGCGGAGAAGAGCGACGCGGCGGACGACGCGCCCACCGCGGAGCACCACCUCGUCGUGGUGUUGCUGGCGGUGCUGUGCCUGCUGAGCCCCCCGCGCGAGGAGCUGGAGGACCCGGGCGAGACGGAGAAGCAGCUGGCGUCGGCGGCGCGGGUGGUGCGCGCAUGCUGCGAGGGGCUGGAGCGCAGGCUGGAGGCGGGGAAGGUCGAACCGCUGCGGGGCCUGACGGGGGUGCUGCUGCUGUCGCUGGGGACGCUGGAGGCGCGGGAGCAGGGCAUGCAGGACAGCAGCGCGGAGCUCAACAGGGCCGCGGAGAACGGCGCGUUCGGGUUCCUCAACGCACGGAUUGUGUCCUCGCUGCACUUCCGGGACGAUCUGCCCGCGCAUCAACAGACCUACGCGGAGGUCCUGCACGACCUGCUGUCGCGCUUCCUGGACUGGCGCCCCGGCUCGAAGCUCGCGAAGAAGCUCAUCGACGCGGAGAUCGAGCGCGAGCGCUCGAGCAGCGCCGAUGCCAUGGACAUCGUCCCGGCGCGCCGUGGCAGCGGCGACGACCUCGCCGCGCUGCUGUCGCUCCUCGCCGCGCUCUUCGCGGUGCUCAGCGAGGGCCCCAUGCGCCACCCGGCCGACGACCGCAUCCGCCAGUACGAGACGCUCAUCGAAAUGCUGGAAGAGGAGGCGCCGUCGUCGCCCGCCGCACUCCUGGGCCUGCUCCCCGUGCUCACUGCGCUCGCGGGGUCCCCGGGUGGCGCGAAGUGGGUUGCGGACCGGCUCGGCGCGGACGGCGCGCCCGGCGGGGAGCGCGGGGUGUCGUGGGCGGUGUACGCCAAGGUCAUGUCGCUGGCUGACCACAAGGCGGAGGAGGGGGAGUUAAUCGACGACGAGGACGACGAGCAGGGGCUGGCGCGGUACACAGACCUGUUCACGGCGGUCAUCCGCAACGGCGUGCUGUCGCAGUACGAGAGCAUGGCGGAGCGCGCCCCGAACGAGCGGGUCAUUUGUACUCUCGAGCGCGUGCUGCGGAAGAAGCCGGACCGCCUGCUGUGCUCGAUGAUGUGCCGCAGCGCGUGGCGGCCGGACCUGAAGGCCGCGCUCAUGAAGGCCGUGGGCGCGCUGGUCGGGACGGGCGUGAAGGGCAGUGGCGGCGUGCCGCUGCUCUCGCCGAGCGAGCUGCUGUCCGACAUCUGGGCGGACGGCGGCGCGGACGGCGCGGGGAUGUGCCGCGAGAUCGCGCUGAUGAUCGCGGACCCCGAGGCGCAGUUCGGGGAGUACACGGUGUCGCUGGCGUUCGUCUCCAUGGUCAACGUUGUUGCAGAGCAGCUCGCGGCGGGCGACGGGAGCGCCGAGCAGGCGUUCAAGAUGCGGCAGUGCACCGAGCUCUUCAUGGGCACCAGCCGCGAGUACGGCGGGUACCUGGCGCAGCUGUACCAGCGCCACUACAAGCACGACGUGCAGCGCUGGGACGUUGCCGCCGAGUGCCUCAAGCACAUGCGCCUCUGCCUCGCGAUGCUGCAGCGCACAGAUCCCGCGACGGUGGACCAGAGCCACCCGGGCUUCACCGUGCUCUGCGAGAUCCUCUCGCGCGGGCCCGCGAUGUCGGUGCUCCUCCAGAUCGCCGGCGUCGGCUGCGACCGCCUGCACAUCAUCCGCGAGCGCUCCGACCAGGGCCCGCGCCUGGAGGCCGCGGUUCGCGAGGCCCUGCGCGUCCUGCGCGCCGCCUUCGACGUCGACCGCGGCUUCUUCGGCGCCCGCGGCGUCCCGUCCGGGCCGCAGGGGCCCUCCAGCGCCCUCGUCCUGCCCCCGCAAGACUACAGCAGCCGCGGCGCUGCACCCUUCCUGCAGACCCUCGACACGGUGCUGCUGCAGGAGCGCAGGACGCUCGCGACGCUCUUCGAGUACGUGCGGUACAGCCUGGAGCCUCAGCUGCAGAUCGCGGCGCUCGAGGUGGCCGGGCCGACCGUCGAGCGCGUCGCGAACCUCGUGGGGGUGCUGGCGCAGCACUGCAGCUCGCUCCCGGAGCUCGUGCACGGGUUCGCGGGGUGCAUGGACGAGUCGCUGAGCAACGGGGACCGCCGCGCGGCGCUCGCGGUGUCGCUCCUGCGCUCCGGGGUCACGCACCCCUUCCCCACGUUCUCCCACCUCCUCCUUGGGUUCCAAGUGUUGGCCGGGAGCGGGCUGGCGAACCCGCGGACGCAGUACAACGCCCUCCACGUGCUCAUCAAGCGCGCCGCGGAGAACCCCGGCCUCAGCGCCUUCCCGGGGCUCCUGCGCGACCUGCUCGCGCUGGUCUGCGCACUGCUGCGCGACACGCGCACGCGGGACUGCACGCUCGACGUGCUGCGCGCGGAGCCGCCGCGGAUGUUCGCGGGCCUCCUCGACGACAGCGAGGGCCCCGCGCUGCUCCCGACGCCUGGCCAGGUCGACGCCGGCGCGCCCUUCGACGCGCGGGCGCAGGUGUACGCCAACGUGGCCCUCGAGCAGCGCACGUGCCUGCUGCAGAUCCUCGCCGCGGAGCUGUACUACUCGGAUCCGCUUGCGGGCGAGGACCAGCGCCUCAGCGCGGAGUUCGUGCUGCAGCGGCUGUUCGCGGGCGUCGAGGAGGACGGCCGGUCGUGCGCAGUGCUGCAGUUGCUGGGAGUGGGCAUGCACGCGGCGCAGAAGGCGCCGACGGCGACGCCGGACGCCGGGCCCGCGGUGGCCCAGGCGCAGGCGCUGCUGCGGGAGCGGCGGCCGGUGGAGGCGGGGGGGGUGUGGCGUGCUGACGCGGGGGGGGUGUUGCUGGAUGUCGACGUCCCGGAGCUGCUCCGGCGGCUGCAGGAGGGCGGGCAGGGCCUCGCGCCGGACGUCGAGGCGCAGGUUGAGUGCGCCGCGCGCGACCAGGAGCUGUGGGAGCACGGGUCCGCGGAGCGGGAGCGCUUUUUGGCUGCGUGGAGGGCGUGUCUCGAGGUGGCGGUGUGCCUGCGGGACGGCCCGCUGAAGGCGGCGCUGGGGUGCGAGGACGCCCAGAAGACGAUCUUCAGGAUUCUGUCGUUCACGCUCGCGCAGCUGGACGACCUCUUCCGCAGCGACGCCGCGGGCGCGCACCGCGUGGCCCCGCCGGUCUGCCGCGCGGUCUGCUCCCUGCUCGCACACCUGCGCGCCUCGCGCGCCCGCGCCGCGUCCCUCGCCGCGAGCGGCGACCCCCACCGCCUCAUCGAGAGCCGUCUCGGCGUCGAGGAGUGCAGCGACCUCCUCCGCCAGCUCCUCGCGCUCGAGAUGCCCCAGAACGAGGCCGUGCGCGUGCCCAUCUACACCGCAGCGCUGUCCCUGCUGCACUACUGUCGGGGCCCGCAGCUGGCGCCACGCGUCCUCGAGGAGCUCGCGCCGCAGGCCGAGACGAUCGUGUCGCUCGCGCAGACGCAGGCCAAGCUCGACAACGGCAUCCACCGCGUCAUUGCGGCCCGGGCGCAGGCGCUGGCGCGGCAGCUGUGCCAAGACGCCACACUGCCGCGGGCCGACCACCGCGCGGCGGUGCUGCACCUCACGGCCGCGCUCGCGGCGGCGUGUCCGUCCUUCGCCCGCGAGCUGUACGAGAGCGACCUUCCGCGGUCCGUGCUGCGUCGUCUUGUGGACGGUUCGGUGCACGCGCUCAAGAGGCUGGCGCCGGACGACUCUAGGGCAGAGAUCGAGUCUUUCGAGGCGAAGCUGUCGCUCCUCCUCACGCUCGCGCACGCGCGUGCGGAGCCCGGCGGCGGGGUGGGCAGCGGCGACGUGUGGGGCCAGCGUACUGCUUCAGCGCUGCAGUUGUUCGAGGCAGGCGCGGUGCAGCACCUCACGAGCUGCCAGGCGUUCGACCUGGUGCCGGAGGACGCGGCGGCCGUCGCGAUGGCCGCGACGCCGGGGCGCAGCCUGCGCGAGCGGCUCCAGCGCAUCACGACGCCAAUCCUGCAGCUGGUGGUGACGAUGCUCGCCGCGCUGCCGAACUCGAACGACCUGCACAGGCAGGCCGGGGAGUUCGCGGCCGCGCACGCCCGCGCGCUCGUGCGGAUGCUGCACGACGCCGGCGACGUGCGGUCCACCGCUGGGUGGGAGCGGGGGCACGCGGACGUCGAGGAGGCCGGGCUGGUGCUGUCGCUGCUGUGCCGCUUGCAGGAGCCCGACCUGCACCGCCACGCGGACCUCCACUUCGCCGUCCUCACCCUCGCGCGCCAGCUGUGCUGCCGGGACGAGCACAGCGGGUCGAGGUACAUCCGUGCUCUGCUGGAGACUCGCGGCCAGAAGCUGAGCGCGGAGAAGCUGGCGGCGUCGCGGCGGAUCCGGCGGCGCGUGCUCGAGAUGCGGUGCAGCCUCGCGCGGUACCUCGCGCGGAUGACCAGCAUGGCGUCGUCGCGGCUGGUGCUGCCGAUUCGGGACUCCCCCCCGGGGGACCUCGCGCCGCCGCCGAGCAUGGUGGACAUGGCGCGGCUGCUGCACCAGGUCGGGCUGGACGCCGAGGCGACGCUCGAGGCGCGCGAGGAUGCGAUGCGCGUGGUGCACAACCUUGGGAAGGUUCCGCAGCUCAGCCCGGAGCAGUCGCAGCAGCUUGCGGCCGCGGCACAGGACGCGACCGACCGCGAGCGCGACGCGUUCCUGCUCGUCCAGCUCGCGGAGUCGGCGCUGCAGACCGUGCUCAGCCAACUGCAAAAGUACCUGGACAUUGUCGAGGCAGUCAAGAGGCGCCGGGACGCGUCCGAGGACGUCGACAUGAUGGGCAGUCCGUUCCUGAGGGAGUUCGGAGGGGGGGUGUCGCUGCCUGACGGGGCGUCGGGGUACGAGUACGUGAUGGACGGUCGCGGCGGGAUUGACCAGAAGUGCAUUGAGGACCUCGAGAGCCUCAGCCAGGAGCUCGCGGAGCCGCUGAAGAAGCUGGUGGACCCGCAGCACCCCACGCACCUCGCGGGCCGGGUGGUCGGGGUGCGCGGCGCGGACCUGGCGCGGCUGCAGGACCUCGCGAGGCGGACGAGGGAGCAGCGGCUGCGCGCGAGCGACCUCCUGCAGCGGGAACUGUGA